AUGAAAUUUUUAUUUGUUUUAUUAAGUUUAUUAUUAACUGUUGCUUUAUCUUCAGCUUCCUAUCCAUGUGGUCCAAAUUCAUGUGAUUAUGGCCAAGUAUGUAGAACUUUUGAUGGUGUCUGCUCUUGCAUUCCAAUUAACGACUGUCACGAAGUAACCUUAUCACAAAAAGUUAUUGGAACAUGGACUGAUAGUUCAUGCGGUAAAACCUACACCCAAUAUGAUGUUACCAUUAAAAACAACUUGAAUAGAGAUGUUAAAAACAUUUUCAUUGGAACUGACUACACCUUAAAUUUACGUGAUAACAAUUCAAUCUGGAAUAUCGUUCGUUUACCAAAUGGUGUUUUAACUCUUCCAUCAUACCAACCAUCCAUCAAUGCUGGUGCUUCAUUUACUUUUGGUUUCAUUUUAGAAGGUACCAAAGCUGCCAAAUUAAAUAUAUUGGCCGUCACAUUUUAAAUACAAAUAUUAUACUACAAUCUUUAUCAUAAAAAAGGUUAUUGUAUAAUCUAAAUAAAAAAUCUUUAUUUCAAUAAUAUUUUUAAAAAAAAU